AUGAUACUAAUGUAGACUUCUUGGGGUGACCUUCAUCAGUGUCAAAUAUUGUGUUCAAUGUCUUCGAAAGCUUGAUCUCUGAUUGGUCCAUAUGUGCUUCAUAUUUCAUGCUUUGAUAUGUGGAGGUUGUUGAUUUGUUAACAGCUCCUUUUGCUCGUUCUAAACGAUUUUUCGAACAAAUUGUUUGACUUUUGCUGCUGUUGUGUCUAUGACGCAGGAGCGACGAAAGCUAGAGGACCACUUUCUCCUUCUUGAGUGAGACAGACUGCGGUCACUGUUGUAGAUAGUUGUUGUUGCUGGCGUUUAGGGCGUGUGGCCGGCGGUCAGCUUUGGUGAUCGCUUUACGAUUGGUAUAGCUGCCCAUUUUUCCCGGCUCAGUUCCAACAUGGACCCCAAGCCGAGCCUGAAGUCGGAGCCGGCCUACCAGAGGCUGGAGGCCCUCUACAACAGCACCGGCAAGCAGCUCAGCAUGAACGACCUCUUCGCCGCCGACCCGCAGCGCUUCAACAAGUUCAGCGUCAAGCUGCCGACUCCGAACAGCGGCGACAUUCUGCUGGACUUCUCCAAGAACCGCAUCAAUGACGACAUCUUCAAGGCCCUUCUGGACCUGGCGCGCGCUCGUAAGGUCGAGGCCGCUCGGGAUGCCAUGUUCUCCGGCCAGAAGAUCAAUUUCACCGAGGACCGUGCCGUGUUGCACAUCGCGCUUCGCAACCGCAGCAACUCGCCAAUCAUGGUCGACGGAAAGGACGUGAUGCCUGACGUCAACGGAGUGCUGCAGCACAUGAAGGAGUUCUGCGGACAGGUGAUCUCAGGUAGCUGGAACGGCUACACGGGGAAGGCCAUCACCGACGUGGUCAACAUCGGUAUCGGCGGCUCCGACCUCGGCCCCCUGAUGGUCACCGAGGCGCUGAAACCGUACCAGGCCGGCCCCAACGUCCACUUCGUCUCCAACAUCGACGGCACCCACCUGGCCAAGACGCUGAAGGGGCUGAACGCGGAGACGACGCUGUUCAUCAUCGCCUCGAAGACGUUCACCACGCAGGAGACCAUCACCAAUGCCACCUCGGCCAAGGAGUGGUUCCUCUCGCACGCCAAGGACGCGGCCAUGGUGGCGAAGCACUUCGUGGCGCUCUCUACCAACGCCACCAAGGUGAAGGAGUUCGGCAUCGACGAGCGCAACAUGUUCGGCUUCUGGGACUGGGUGGGCGGCCGCUACUCUCUCUGGUCGGCCAUUGGGCUGUCGAUCGCGCUGCACGUCGGAUUUGACAACUUCGAGCGCCUGCUGGACGGCGCGCACUUCAUGGACAACCACUUCCGCACGGCGCCGCUCGAACAAAACCUGCCGGUGAUCCUGGCCGUUCUGGGCGUGUGGUACCACAAUCUGUUCGGCGCCGAGACGCACGCGCUGCUCCCGUACGACCAGUACCUGCACCGGUUCGCCGCCUACUUCCAGCAGGGAGACAUGGAGUCCAACGGAAAGUACGUGACGCGCAGCGGCGCCACCGUCGACUACUCGACCGGCCCGAUCGUGUGGGGCGAGCCGGGCACGAACGGCCAGCACGCCUUCUACCAGCUGAUCCACCAGGGCACCCGGCUGAUCCCGGCUGACUUCAUCGCGCCCGUCAACACGCACAACCCCAUCAGCGGCGGAAAACACCACAAGAUUCUGCUGGCCAAUUUCGUGGCGCAGACUGAGGCGCUGCUGAAGGGCAAGUCGGAGGCUGUGGCGCGCGCGGAGCUCGAGGCGGCCGGCACUCCGGCCGAUCAGCUGGCGCGCAUUCUUCCGCACAAGGUGUUCCAGGGCAACCGGCCCACUAACACGGUGGCCGUGAAAAAGGUGUCGCCGUUUGUACUCGGCGCGCUGAUUGUGAUGUACGAGAUGAAGAUAUUCACCCAGGGCGUCAUCUGGGACAUCAACUCGUUCGACCAGUGGGGUGUCGAGCUGGGCAAGCAGCUGGCCAAGGCCGUGGAGCCGGAGCUCAACGACAGAAACCCGGUCAGCAGCCACGACAGCAGCACCAACGGCGUCAUUAACUUCAUCAAGGCCAACAUGUAGACGUCCCUGCAGAACAAAGUACCGUAGCGCCCACCGCCUGUAGGCGCUACAGGCAGAACAAAGGGCGGUGUUUACUGCCCCCGCCCCUUUACCGCUGCCAGAGUGGAUUUCCCUGCGAGUGGGACAUAUAGUCGUAUCGCCCUGUCCCCCCCCCCCCCACCCUAUAGGUGCCGGUUGUUAUCGUUCGGUGUUAGGUAGGAGUCUAUCUAUGGCGUCGAACGCACGAUACAUAUAACUCAGUUGAAUUUUAUGCAAUGUUGACUGAUACUCAUAAAUUCUCGCUAUGUGAGGCGUCACCAAAGAGUUGUCGCGAGAGCUCGAAAUCGGCUGAGUUGAUGCUAUAUACAGGGUCGCGUAGAUUGGGUGGUUGGCUACUGGUUGUUCGGUAUCGGUCCCAUGACUGAGACUGUGUUAAUUUUUACUCUGCGUUGGUUGAGGAAUGCACAAGACGGCUGGGCGUCGCUCGUUCUUUCUAGCUACCGCGCAAUAAACAUGACAAUCUCUGAGAGAUCGGACUGAUC